UAAACGGGAUGGUACUGUGCUGACACGUCCGCGUCUCCAGAAACUUCUGUUUCUCUCAGAAUACUGCAGAGAACUUCUCGCCCUUGCGCAUUCUUUAAAAACGACCGCAAUCUUUCUCUUGUUAACCAUUAAAAAAAAGAAGAGAAACACUAUCAACAGCCUCAAUCUCAUUAUUCUCAAGAUGUCGUACACCAGAAGGUCAAGGUAUUCCCUUUCGCCUUCCCCAUACAGGCGAGACAGCAGGCCUGACUCCAGAUCAUUGUCGAGGUCGAGCUCCAGGUCAAGGUCAAGGUCCAGGUCCAGGAGCUACUCAAGGGAUGUGGAGAAUCCUGGUAACAAUUUGUAUGUGACAGGGUUGUCACCUCGGAUUACCAAGAAGGAACUCGAGAAGCAUUUUUCCGCCGAAGGAACGGUAAUUGAUGUUCAUCUUGUCGUUGACCCAUGGACAAGAGAAUCUCGUGGGUUUGGGUUUGUUACUAUGUCUACUGUUGAGGAGGCUGAUCAUUGUAUCAAGUAUUUGGACCGAUCGGUUCUUGAGGGUCGUGUCAUUACAGUGGAGAAGGCUAAGCGGAAGAGAGGACGGACUCCUACUCCUGGAAGGUAUUUGGGGCUGAGAACAAUUCGUGUGCAUCGCUGGACUCCUAGUAAUUCUCCUUAUCGAUCUCCUAGCCACUCUCCUUUGCGGAGGAGCAGGAGUCGGUCGCCACGUUAUUCAUCUGAACGUAACAGAAAUAGAUCCUACUCCCCAUGUUACCACCGACACAGAUCAUAUUCUCCUUACUACUAUAACCAUCAUCGAUACCUCUCUCGAUCUCGAUCUCCAUAUAGUACGUCCCCUGUCAGCAGGCAUGACCGGUCGUACUCACCUUACUACUCAAGGCAUUACUCACCAGAUGACAGAUACUAUAGAAGACACCACUAUUGCUCUGUAUCUCGCAGUCCUACUCCAUGUAGGGCUCGGAGGAGUUAUUCACGAAGCAUCUCCCCUAGCCCAUGGAGGAGGACCUCAAGGAGAAGCUAUUCACGCAGUAUAUCCCCUGCACCAAGGAGGAGUUAUCCACGAAGCAUCUCCCCUAGCCCAAGGAGGAGCUCAAGGAGAAGCAGCUAUUCACGCAGUGAAUUCCCUGCACCAAGGAGGAGCUCGAGGAGGAGUUAUUCUAGAAGCGUUACACCAAGGCUAAGGAAUAGCUUGAGGAGGAGGGGGCGCUCUCGAGACAGCAGCAGUGCAAGCCCUACUUCCAGAUGUGCCUCUAGCUCUGUCACCCCUAGCUCGGAGCUAGCUUCUCCAUCUCACUGAAAGUAAAUUGAGGCGCGUGCAGACCAUAUAUAUAUAUGUGGGUGGUAAUUUUCUGUAUAUUAGAGUGGCUUAGGUGUAUAUCCAGUGACAGUUCCAAUAGGUAAUAACUAUUGGCUUAUUAGAAAUAAGAGACUUUCCUUUAUGCA